AUGGGAUAAGAAAGCGGAAUAUAUUAGAUAAUAGAAAGAGAUGGUGGCAAUACAUAGGUAGUGUUUCACUAAAAAAUCAGAAUAGAAAAUCGAGAGAAGAGGGAAAUGGACAUAUAAUUCAGAAAGAUACAAAAGCUCUUAGAAUUUAUUAGUAUAUGGAAGUAAGGAUAAUCGAUUACAAUGCCACGAGUAAAUCAUUAAACAAUUAAACAAUAUAAACUUUAAUAUGAUCCAUUAUUAAGUAACAUAUCAAUUUUUAGUAUUUAAAUAUUAAAAAACAAACAUAUAUUUAAAUAUAAAAGGCAUUAUACAAAGAGAUGAAUAAAAUAUUCAUAUCCAAACAAAAUGA